UAUUGGUAGAAGGAUGCUGCGUUUAGAGCUUCCAGGUAGGAGGCGUAGAGGAAGUCCAAAGAGGAGGUUUAUGGGUGUAGUGAAGGAGGACAUGAGCAUAGUUUGUAUGAGAGAGACCCCUGAAGGGAAAAGCCGGAAGAGAAAGAAGAAGUAACUAGACGGUAAUUCAUGGCUGAAAACCUCCAGGAGUCAGAUUGAGUGUACAGAGUAUUUUUCCAUUUAUGUACUCAUGCUAGCUGGCCCAAAACGCGCGGACGACGAUUGUGUCGACACGACUUUAUUACGACUUUAUUUAUCAACGGAUGCAAUUCCUCCCGCGUGCUGGAAUACGGGCUACCUCCGUUGAUUGUGAUUAUGCAAAAAGCCAAUCGCUGCUGCCCUUACUGAGGGGUCGGCAACACUGUUUAGCUAGUGGACAUCGAUGGCAGCCGAAUAAACAACACACCUUAGGGUGACCCCGGCGACGCUUGUAAGCGUUUUCUCUUCACCUUUCUCACUUGUCCCGUUUCCGUACAUAUGUCCGGGCGUUUUUUUGCUAUAAUAUGAUUUAAUUCCCGUUAGGAAUUUGCUGCAGUGUUGCGUUCGGGAGGGACCCGGUGCUAGCUAGUCGGCUAACCGAACUCCCCUAGUUGGUCAAUGAGGACCUAUCGUUUAUUGCUGAUAACAAACUGGAACAAAGCACCGAUAUAAACAAUCUAAGGCUAUAUAGCAGUCAGUCCGUUGUGUGGAGGUGGGACCCGGUAUCCGCAGCAUCCAUGAGCGCUGGCUGAUGCAGCGAUGCGGAACCACGGGUUGCUCCUUCGGGCUUGCGCCCUGGUGCUGCUCUUCCUCUUGUUUGUCACCAAGUUCAUCAGCUACAAAACUGUCAACGAAUAUGGAGAGAUGGCUGGUGUUCAGAGCUGGACAUUGUCAGGGCACAAGGUGGCAAAGCUUGCUGUGACCUCCUCUGUAAAAACUCCUGCAACUCAACCUGAUCAGUCCUCAGCAGCCCCUGCGAUGGCAGAGUGGGAAACGGUUUUACGGAAGCGAAUCCAGCUGCUCUCAUCUGUUUGUAAGAACAGUAGACUCAGGAGUUUGACUCACGUCCCCAUCAGCAAGUUCGUCCUGGACCGCAUCUUUGUCAGUGACAAGCACAGCAUCUUGUUCUGCCAGACCCCCAAAGUGGGAAACACGCAAUGGAAGAAGGUCCUCAUUGCUCUCAACGGAACCUUCUCCAGCGUGGAGGAGAUCCCAGAGAGCCUCGUCCAUGACCAUGAGAAGAACGGCUUGCCCCGCCUCUCGUCGUUCAAGCCACAAGAAAUUACACUCAGAUUGAACACUUACUUCAAGUUUUUCAUCGUGAGGGAUCCGUUUGAGCGUCUGAUCUCUGCAUUCAAGGACAAGUUCAUCGUGAACCCCCGUUUUGAGCCUUGGUACAAGCACGACAUCGCUCCCGCCAUCAUCCGCAAGUAUCGCAAAAGCCACCGUGACGGAGAUCUCGUCGCAUCCGGCUUGCACUUUGAAGACUUUGUCCGUUACCUGGGGGAUGCGGAGGGCCGUCGCCGCUUAGACCGUCAGUUCGGCGAGCACAUCAUCCACUGGGCGACGUACGCAGAGCUGUGCGCCCCGUGUGACAUCCCAUAUGAUGUCAUAGGCCACCACGAGACACUGGAGCGAGACGCCGCCCACAUCCUGAGGAGAGCCGGCAUCGAACAGCUGGUGUCCUACCCGGCCAUCCCUCCUGGCAUCACGCGCUACAACAAGACCAAGGUGGAACGCUACUUUUCAGGUAUCAGCAAGCGGGACAUCAGGCGCCUCUAUGAGCGCUAUCAGGGAGACUUUCACUUAUUUGGGUACCCAUCACCUGACUUUCUACUCAACUGAUAUUCUCACUCAAAGUAUUCCUAUUUGAGUACUUUGUAUCUUAACAGGAAACCUAUUUAUGUCAAAAUUCAACGUGAAAGAGGUGUAGCAUCAAUGACAAGCAUGUUCCUUUGCACUGAAUGGAUUUCAAAUUCGGACUAGUUUUAGAGUACAGAAAUAACAUUUUCUGUAUACUUGCUUCCAGUCUGUGAUGAUGAUGAUGAUGAUGAUGAUGAUGCCGAUGCCGAUGCCGAUGCCGCCUUCUUCAUUGUCCUUUUCCAAGAUUGUUCCGUUUACUACUGACAAUGACUGAAAUCUCUUCACUACUGCUUAUGCCAUUUUUUUGUAGCCGUUAGUCACACGAAGCCUUGGUCCAGUGUUUUACAAUGAUUUACAAGCAUAACACCCAACUGUUCAACACGUUUUUUGUUAUUUAUGUCAUGUUAUUGAAAAAGUACCUCACAAAAGUGAGUAGUGUACACCCCCACAUGUGUGUGCAAUUAUCUUUUCAUGAGACAAUAUUGAAGGAAUCUUUUCUUCAGUGUAGAAUAACGGAAAUGUGAGGGGUGUAGUCACUUUUGUGAGGUGCUGUAGCCUUUAGACUAAUUGUUGCUGCACAAGACCAACCCCGGUUGGAGAUAACGAUAAUAACAAUAAUAAUAAUAAUGAGAAUGAUAAUAAAGUUCAUCAUUUAAAAUGACGAUUUGGUAACUAUUGCAUUUUUAUAUCAGUGAAGAUGGCUCUCUUCACGUGCGUGCCUCCUGUUUGACCCUCGGCCCAUAGCGUUGUUUGAUUGACGCAUGAGUCGACUGCUGUGCUCACAUUAGCAAUUUACCAUGGAACAAGCUGGGGAAAGAUUUUCAACACCUCAGUACAUUAUAACGAUCUGAUUGGUUCUACGUAUUAUGUUUUGUGUAAAACUAUGGC